AUGAGUCAGCCCGAGCCUGUUGCAUCUCGAUCCCUAAUGAGUCAGCCCGAGCCCGUUGCAUCUCGAUCCCUAAUGAGUCAGGCCGAGCCUGUUGAAUCUCGAUCCCUAAUGAGUCAGCCCGAGCCGGUUGAAUCAACUCCCAAACGUCGCUUCGGUUCUUCCACGGAGGCUGACCACCAUGCCAUUAUUCAAGCGGCAGUUCCCAAGAACACUCGCAGUGCCACUGAUUAUUGGUUGCGCAUGUUCCGUCAGUUCUGCGAGGGACGCGGACAGGAGGAGGUCAUCGAUUGGAAAACCGUCAGUGGUGAAGUUCUGUCACCCCUGCUAGCUGCAUUCUAUGUCGAUGCGAAAACGCAGGACGGCUCGCCCUUCUCCACGAAUAGUCUCAAAGCGGCACGCGGGGCUCUUCAGCGGCACCUGUCGACUGCUGGGCAGACUAUCAACAUCUUCAACGACCAGAUCUUCUCAAGGGCCAACAAAGUUCUUGACGGAGUGCUGAAACAGCGAAAGAAGGACGGCCUCGAACGGCAGGUGCAUCACAAGCCACCAAUAUCUGAGGCGGACUGGAAGCUGCUACAGGAAUAUUUCAGCGGCAUCGACGACACCAACGACGCAGUGAAACUUACUUAUUACGUAUGGUUCCAUCUGACGUUGCACUUUUGCCUUCGUGGAGGUGAAAUGCAAGCGGCCAUAAAAAAGGACGACGUCGUGUUCUUCACUGUUGACGGGAAAGAGAUCCUGAAGCUGGGACCGUCGUACAUGUCAAAAAACCAUCAAGGCGGACUGCGGGGCACGGACUGGUCAUCUGCUGGAGUUAUUGAAGACCCGCAGCAGAUAGCAGCUAUCAAACGGUACGUCUCCAAACUACACCCAGAUGUUGAUCUAAUUUUCCAGCGUGCCAUGGGUAAACGUGAGCUCUCAAACGAAACUCGCUGUUGGUUUGCCAAAUCUGCCCUAUCGCAUAACUUGCUGUCCACGAUGAUCGAUGAUGAAGCGUUUGUCAUCCGCAGCUGGUUUGUCCCAGCCUUACACCAACCAUUGCGUACGGUCAGGGAGUCGUAUAGACCCGGGAGGCGACACGCGCAUCACUUGUGCACAACCAUGAUCGACUCAACGAUUCAAAAUAUUACGACCUGCUCGGUGUGGGACAAGUCCGUACAUAGGUCAUAG